AUGACCGCUCGUCGAGAAUCUGAUCCUGCCAGUCCGACUGCUGCCCUUCACGAAACUACGCCGCUGAAUCGUGGCGCUGAUCUUAAUGCGUCUUCCGCGUAUAGACUGAACGCCAAUGUAUUGAACCGUGCUAUCCAGGAUAUUGGAAUGGGACGAUACCAAUGGCAGCUAUUUGGAGUCGUCGGAUUUGGUUGGGCCUGCGAUAACCUGUGGCCUAUCGUCACGUCCCUUGUACUCGUUCCGGUCACGUACGAAUUUGACGUUUCAAAACCACCUCUCUUGCUUCUGGCACAGAAUAUAGGCCUCCUUGUCGGCGCACUGUUUUGGGGGUUUGGCUGUGACAUCUUCGGGCGGCGUGUAGCCUUCAACAUGACGAUUGGGAUAACCGCUGUCUUUAGUCUGGCCGCAGCAUGGUCGCCUACCUUUGUCGCACUCUGUGUCUUGUCAGCUCUCUGGUCGACAGGUGUGGGCGGCAACCUUCCCGUGGACUCGGCCAUCUUCCUCGAGUUUUUGCCAGGCUCGCACCAGUACCUUCUUACCGUAUUAUCGAUCAAUUGGGCCCUUGCUCAGCUACUAGCCAAUCUCGUCGCAUGGCCGUUGGUGGGUAACUUCACCUGUCCUUCCGCCGAUGACUGUGUCAGAUCUGACAAUAUGGGAUGGCGGUAUUUUCUCGCUACAAUGGGCGGAUUGGCCUUGGUUAUGUGCAUCACUCGGUACUUCUUUUUUACUCUCCUCGAGUCUCCCAAAUACCUCAUGGGCAAGGGAAAGCAUUACCAAGCCGUUGCCGUCGUCCACGAAGUAGCACGACGUAAUGGAAAGAGCAGCAAUCUGACUGCAGACGAGCUGCACGAUUGCACCGAUGACGGAGAUGGGCAGGGCUCUCACUACCACCGCCGAGGCUUAGGCUUUGUUGAGCAGGUGAAACUCCGCUUAGAGCCUCUUGCUUUUACCCGUCUCCAUUCUUUGUUUUCGACCCGACACCGUGCAUGGACAACAGCGCUAUUGAUACUUAUUUGGGGGAUGAUCGGUCUUGCGUUCCCAUUGUACAACGCUUUUUUACCCUACCUCCAGCACCAACGUGGUAUAGAGUUUGGGGAUGGGUCGACUUCGUUGACGUACCGCAACUCACUGAUUAUCGCGGUAGCAGGGGUUCCCGGCAGUCUUGUCGGGGGCGUUAUGGUCGAGUUGCCGCAAUUCGGGCGUCGAGGCACACUUGCGCUAGCAACAAUAAUGACAGGGGUGUUCCUCCUAGCCUCUACAUCGGCCACAACCUCGUCAGCCUUGUUGGGCUGGAACUGUGCUUACGGAUUCAGCAGCAGUCUUGUCUACGCUGUUCUCUACGCGUAUACACCGGAGAUCUUUGAGACGAGAAAUCGGGGCACAGGUAACGCGCUCGUGAGUGCGGCGAAUCGGCUUGGUGGGAUCAUGGCACCUCUUGUGGCCCUUGGGGCUGACUUGCAGACCACUGUACCGAUAUAUAUCAGCGGCGCGAUAUUUUUAGUAGCUGGCUGGUUGGUUACACUGAUUCCAUACGAAUCGCGAGGACUGGCAAGCGAUUAG